UUCCUUGAUUGAAAAACAUUGCUAAAUUUAAAGAGUGUUAUCGUUUGACACAUCAGUAGAAAAAUAUGUUACUUAAAAGAGGCAGUACUAAUAAUUCAUUGGUCAGUUUAGCAAAUUGUUUAUGGGAAUACGUAGUUUUAUAAUACUGCAAAUAAUUUUGAAAUAUUGUGAAAUUAAGCGACUUUUUCAACAUAUUUUACUUCGAUUUUAUUUAAAGAGUGCAUUUUAUGUAGUUUCGUUUAGUAGUUUAGUAAACGGUUAGUUGAUAGAAUUCAACCAAAACUACACAACGGCAACGCGACGUUAAAGGGUUGCAGAUACGGCAAGCGGCAAUCGACAUCGAGGUUACGAAGUGGAAUUUGCCAUUAUUUAUCUGUGUGCCAUUACGAAGUUGCAAAUGGUUGCGUGCGAAGAAUAAAGUUGCACCCAUUAUACUAAAUGGAGAGGCAAGUGAAUUACAAUUUAUUUUGUGUGUUUAGUAAGAGGAGGUUUUAGUAAAAAAAAAAACAGAACAUGGCUAUUGGUGGAACAAGAGUCGUUCAAAUUACUAAUAUCGCCCCUCAAGCGACGAAAGACCAAAUGCAAACAUUAUUUGGAUAUUUAGGAAAAAUUGAAGAUAUUAGGCUAUAUCCAACAAUUAGAGAUGUUUCUUGUCCUGUUCAGUCUAGAAUUUGUUACGUAAAAUUUGUUGAUACCAGUACUGUGGGUAUUGCACAGCACAUGACAAAUACUGUUUUUAUUGAUAGAGCAUUAAUUGUAAUUCCUGUACAAAAUGGUGAAAUUCCAGAUGAAUAUUAUGCUUUGGAGAUGACUAAAAAUGGGACUAUUGUACCAGGUUUGUGUCCAUCUGAACCUAAUUUACCACCAAAUGUUGUGAAUAAUGCUCAGAUUUAUGAAGGACAGCAGGUUAUUAUUACAUAUGAUCCAAAACUUGAAUCAAAUGGGUUACCUCCCUAUCCUCCUCUUCCUGCCAAUUAUGAUAGUAGAAAAAUUGAAGAAACAAGACGUACUGUACUGGUUCAAAGUUUAGAUUCUUCCAUUUCAUCAGAAGACAUUAUUAACUUCUUUUCUUCUGUUGCUGAAGUAAAAUACAUGAGAUAUUGUUCUCGAACAUCUGACGGUAGUACAAAUAUGCUGGUAGAACUAUGUGAACAACCACAAGUUGUGGAAGCAUUGAAACUUAGUGGGAAGGAGUUGAAAGGAAAAGUUAUUAAAAUUGUACAUGCCACACAAUCAAUAAUUAAACCUCAAGCAAAAAGUAAUGAAGCAGCUCAAAAAGAAAUAGAAGAAGCGAUGUCAAGAGUCAAGGAAGCCCAAAAUUUAAUUUCAGCAACUAUUGAUCCUGUUAUUGGUAUGUUGUCCAAAGAUAAGCGUAGUUCAAGAAGAUCUAGGUCUCGGUCACGAGGCCGCUAUAGAAGAUCUUCAAGAUCAAGAUCUCGUUCAAGGAGACGGUCAAGAUCACGUCGUCGUUCUCGGUCACGGUCUCGAGAUCGCAGACAUCGUUCAAAAUCACGGUCUCGAAGAAGAUCACGAUCACGUUCUCGACGUCGAUCUCGUUCUAGAAGGCGUUCAAGAUCUAGGCGGUCUCGAUCACAUCGUUCUCGAUCUAGAAGAUCUAAAUCACGCAAAUCCCGAUCAAAAUCAAGGACCAGGAGACGUCGAUCUAGAGACAGAAUUCGUAGAUCUCGUGAUCGUUCUAGAGAUCGUGAUAAGCCGGAAGUACCAAAAGAUAGGGAACGAUCACGGGACAAAGAAAAUGCAAAAUCAAAAGAGAAAGAAAGAUCACGCGAGUCGCGUGAAAAACGAAGCGAUAAAGAGAACAGCACUGAUGUGGAGGAUAAAAGGUCAUUAAAAAGACGAUCACGAUCACGUUCAAAAAGAUCUAAAUCACGUGAAAGAAAAAGAAGUAAAUCAAAGGAAAGAAGAAGAUCGCGAUCAAGAGGAAGUAGACGAAGAUCUCCAACACCGAAAAGUUCGAAGAAACGAAGUCGAUCUAGAAGUCGAGAGAAAAGAGAAAAAAAAGAAAAAAGGGAAUCCAAAAGAGAACGUUCUAGAUCCAGAUCGAAAUUUUCCAGAAAUUACGAUGAAGAAGAGAAGGGCUACGAUGAGAAAAAUCGAAAACGUUCAUCAGAAGAAGCUCGAGAGUCUUCUGAUAACCCAACUGAAAAAGAAUCAUCUGAAAAAUCUGACAACAUGGACAUCUCAAAUUCUCCUUGAUUUUAUUUACUUACGUGACUAAUUAAAUAUGUAAUUGUAGUAUGUAAAAUAUGAAAUAAGCGUUACAAAAGUAACAUUGUAACAGUUAUAGAGUGAAAUGCAAUUGAUGUUUAAUUAAAAAAGUCAUUUUUUUAUUACUUUAAUACAAAAUUGAUAAAAUUUAAUUUUUAAUU